AUGAGGCAGUGUCGGCUGAUGGAGUUUUUGGAAGAUUAUGAUUGUACCAUUAAUUACCAUCCAGGAAAAACCAAUGUAGCGGCGAAUGUCCUAAGUCGGAAGGCUCAACUAGCAGGUUUAAUGAUAAGAGAAUGGAACCUGUUAGAGGAUGUUAGUGAAUGGAACCCCCACCUCGAGCCACAGACGGAUAUCUUUGGGAAUAUUAUGGUGAAAUCGACAUUGUUGGAUCGUAUUAAAGAGGGCCAAAAGAAAGAACCAACGGUGCAAAAGUGGUUGGAGAAGGUACAAAAAGGAGAGUUACCCGACUUCAAUCUAGGUUUGCCACGAAUUCAAGGAGGUCAUGAUGCGGUUUGGGUGAUAGUGGAUCGAUUGACUAAGUCAGCACAUUUCUUGCCGGUUAAUAUGAAGUAUUCUUUGGAGAAACUUGUCAAACUCUAUAUAGAUGAGAUUGUGAGAUUGCAUGGGGUACCAGUAAGCAUAGUAUCCGAUAGGGAUCCUCGAUUCGUAUCUCGAUUUUGGCAAAAGUUACAAGAGACUUUAGGGAUUAAGUUGAACUAUAGCACGACCUAUCAUUCUCAAACAGAUGGACAGUCGGAGAGAACUAUUCAAACCCUUGAGGAUAUGCUAAGAUCAUGUAUCAUGGAUUUUGGAGGAAGUUGGGGCCAAUAUAUGACAUUAGUUGAGUUUGCUUACAACAACAAUUAUCACGCUUCUAUCCAAAUGGCACCAUAUGAGGCGCUCUAUGGACGAAAGUUCCGUUCACCUAUUCAUUGGGAUGAAAAAGAUCACCUAGAUCUGACUCAUAUACUUCAGCCAGAGGAUAUUGAACUUGACGAGUCUCUAACCUAUGAGGAGCGAGCUAUUCGGCUUCUAGAUCGAAAGGUGAAAGACUUGAGAAAUAAGCAAAUUCCAUUGGUUAAAGUUUUGUGGAAAUAUCAUGAGGUAGAAGAGGCAACCUGGGAGUUAGAGGCGGAUAUGCAAGAGAAAUAUCCUGAAUUAUUUGCGAGUAAAUGUAUGAAUUUCGCAGUCGAAAUUCUUUUAAGGUGGAGAGAUGUGAGGACUUGA